AUGGGAAGUUCUUCACUCGAAAAUUUAAGCAUGAUUAUAUCAUCUCUUGCCGCCUUUUCCUUCUUUUUCAUGUACAUCCUAUACCUCCGUCGCCGUCGACGUACUCGUCCAUCACCACCGCCACCGUCCCCCCACCCAAAGCUUCCGAUCAUCGGCCACCUCCACCUCCUAUUGACCGACGAAAUGCCCCACGUAAAAUUCGCCGGGCUCGCCAAACAACUGGGCCCCAUCUUCUCCCUCCAACUGGGCCAGGUCCAUACAGUCGUGAUCUCCUCCCCAAAACUCGCGGAACUCGUGCUCAAGGCCCAUGACCACGUAAUGGCCAACCGGCCCCAGCUCAUCUCGGCCCAGUACCUAUCCUUCGGCUGCUCCGACGUCACAUUUUCCCCUUACGGGCCUUACUGGCGUCAAGCCCGGAAAAUCUGCGUCACCGAGCUGCUCAGCCCGAAACGAGUCAGCUCGUUCCAACUCAUUCGGAAUGAGGAAGUGAACCGGAUGCUCGCCGCGGUGUCGGCUCAGUCCGGCGGCGGCGGCGGAUCAGAAACAGACGUGAGCGAGAUGUUGUUCAAGCUGGCGAACGACGUGCUCUGCCGGGUGGCGUUCGGGAAGCGGUUCAUAGCGGAGGAGAUGAGCGGGCUGAUAAAGGUUCUGACGGAGACGCAGGCUUUGCUGGCCGGGUUCUGCGUGGGAGAUUUUUUCCCGGGUUGGGAGUGGGUUAACUCGGUGAGUGGGACCAAACGGAGGUUGACGGAGAACUUGAAGGAUCUGAGGAUGGUUUGUGACGAAAUCAUUAACGAGCAUAUUAACGCCGCCGCCGCCGCAGCAAGGAAGAAGGAGGUGGAAGGAAACGGCGGCGUUAAGGGGGAGAUGAUGAUGAAGGAAGACUUUGUGGAUGUUUUGUUAAGAGUACAAAAACAAGAUGAUCUUGAAGUUCCCAUCACUGAUGAUAAUCUCAAAGCUCUUGUUCUGGAUAUGUUUGUAGCUGGAACAGACACAUCAUCUGCAACCUUAGAAUGGACAAUGACAGAAUUGGCAAGGCAUCAAUGGAUCAUGAAAAGAGCACAAGAUGAAGUGAGGCAGGUUGCAUCCAAGAAAGGCAAAGUAGAAGAGAGUGAUCUUCCACAACUUCAUUUCUUGAAAGCUAUAAUAAAAGAAACCAUGAGACUCCAUCCUCCAGUCCCCCUUCUUGUUCCUAGAGAAUCUAUGGCCACGUGUACCCUAGAUGGUUACGAAAUCCCCGCGAAAACUCGGGUUUUGAUCAACACCUAUGCCAUUGGGAGGGAUCAAGAGUCAUGGGAGAACCCUUUGGAGUAUAAUCCUGAUAGGUUUAUGGAUGCAGAUAUUGACUUUCGAGGUGGACAUGACUUCAGGUUUUUGCCAUUUGGAGGUGGAAGGAGAGGUUGCCCUGGUUACUCCUUUGGAUUGGCAAGCAUCGAGAUUUCCCUCGCUCGCUUGUUGUACCAUUUUGAUUGGGCAUUGCCUCAAGGAGUAGGACCUGAUGAUGUUGAUCUGUCAGAAAUUUUUGGGCUUGCCACUAGGAAAAGAUCAGCUCUAAAACUCGUCCCCACAAUCCAGAUUCCAGUCCCAGACAACUAG